GUUCUCAUCGAGAUUCACAAUCAAAAGUCUCGAGGAAUAAUACCCGAUACACAGGAGGAUCUGUAGGUUCCUCAGAAUAUUCACAACCAAGUCAACAAGUUCCCGAUUAUAAAUCAGCUUCAAAUUAUAAUUAUGAUGCUUCCCAGUCAAGAAAUAGUGUUCAGGCAGCAGGUCAAUAUAGAACAGGUAGCCAAGUAGAUCAAUAUGGUUCAUUUGAUGUUUAUAAUGAUUUUAACAACGUUCGUCAUUCGCCCGAUGAUUUCGAUGAACGUCAUGCUACUACGCGGAUGAGUUCAUCAGGUUUGAAUGAUAAAGAUUUGCGUGAUCCUUUAUAUAGCGCAUCAAGCAAUUUGGAUUCGGGAGGACAAGGCGGAAUUAUCAAAACAAACUCCAAUCAAGUCAAUCCUGAAUCUCUCGCUAAACCGAAAAAGCGAAAGAGUUGUUGCUGUUGUUCUAGGCGAACCUGUGUCUUUAUUACUUUCUUUGUUCUCUUGGCCUUGGGAAUUACAUUAUUCUUUGUGUGGCCACGUAUUCCUGAUGUUAAAAUUUUAGGCGCGUCUUCUAAUGGACAACCAACAAUUAGUGUUAGUCCUCCAAUUGUCAAAAUGGACUUCAACAUUAGUAUUGAAAUAGACAAUCCAGACAAUUGGAUUCCAAUAAGAUUUAAUAGAAUUGAUGCGCAGGUCUUUGAUUUAAGUACCAUUUCUACCUAUGAUCAUCCAAUAGCAUAUGGCAAUCUUACAAAUUAUGCAUUACCACCACGUCAAACAACAAUUCUACAAUUUCCCCUCACGGUAGAUUACAUUGGUAAAGAUAUAAAUGAUCCCACUGUCCAAGAUUUCUUAUUGGCAUGUCUACCACAACAAGGAGCCAAAGCCAACACCUUGAAUAUUCGUGCUGAUAUCACAUUAUAUCCGUGGGGCAUUAGUUGGAUAUUUAAGCCAACAAUCAGCCGGCAAAUUUCGGAUCUAGUCGGAGCUAUGAGAGACUAG